AUGGCCACCACACCGCUGCCUAUGUCACCGUGGACCAACGCAAGCACCGAGGAACUGUUCGUGGCCACUUCCUCUGCACCGGACGAGAGCGAGAAUGUUUCGGUGGUGUGGGCGGGGAAACCGAUGGGCGGGGAGGAGGUGAGCCUUGUGUGGGAGGACCUGACUGUGCUGAUUAUCAAGUCUUUCCUGAUGGGCGGGAUCAUUGUGGUGUCCGUCAUGGGGAACGUGCUCGUCAUAGUCAGCAUCGGCCUGCACCGCAAGCUGCAGAUUCUCACAAACUACUUCCUUGUGUCGCUGGCCAUCGCCGAUAUGCUGGUGGCCUCGUGUGCCAUGACCUUCAAUGCCUCCGUCGAAAUAUCAGGGCGAUGGCUGUUCGGAUACUUCAUAUGUGACCUCUGGAAUUCUUUUGAUGUGUAUUUCUCAACAGUGUCUAUUCUGCAUUUAUGCUGUAUUAGUGUGGAUCGAUAUUACGCAAUAGUGAAGCCUCUGGAAUAUCCUCUUUACAUGACCAAACGGACAGUCUCGUUCAUGCUAGCCAACGUGUGGCUGGCGCCGACGCUCAUCUCCUUUAUCCCUAUUUUCCUUGGCUGGUAUGCGACGGCCGACCACCUGGAGUUCCGCGCGGAGCAGCCGGAGUCCUGCACCUUUGAGGUGAACAAGGUGUAUGCUGUCCUGUCGUCGGCUUUCUCCUUCUGGAUCCCCUGCACGGUCAUGCUGGUGCUAUAUUACAGGAUCCUUCAGGAGGCGAGGAAGCAGGAAGCAGCGAUCCUCAGCCGAACCAACAGUACUUGCACCAUUAAUAAUGUUCAACGAAGCUUCUCUACUUCGACUGCGCAACAGCUGUUCGCGGCGUUCGGGCCCAAGCUUAGACGAAAGGCCAAGCGAAGCAAUCAGCAAGAGUUCCAGCUAGGACCUCUGCCCCGCAUAUCCCGCUCAGACCUCGGCCACGAGUCCGGCACACUCCCCAUGUACAGAUCGGGGAGCAUAUGCCAGCAGGCUGCAUGUACAAAUAACAGAAGAUGUAGCAGAAGCACCGUGAGUGACUCGGGACAGCCAAAUCUACCGAUCCCCCACGAAAAUAUAAGCUCCUUUGAGGUGAGUCCGAGAACCGUGAGUCCAGAUUUGUCGGUAAACGAGGAAGUUGAAGAGAGACUUGAGGUCACCCCGCGGCCUGAGGUGUCCCGCAGCAGUUCCAUCAGUGUGAACGGGCACACGGGAAGUGGCUUACCUGUGAGAGUCAUCAGCCCGGUGCCCUUCGGAGGCCGCCAAGAGCUGCCUCACCCUGGUUCCAGCUGCGGCUUUGGCCAUGGCAGUAGCGGCAGUCAUCCCGUGAUGCGGCGCGAGCACAAAGCCGCGCGGACGCUCGGCAUUAUCAUGGGCGCCUUCAUUCUGUGCUGGCUACCAUUCUUCACCUGGUAUGUGGCCAUCACCAUCUGCGGCGACGGCUGCCCCUGCCCGCAGGCGGUGGUCACCACGCUCUUCUGGAUCGGGUACUUCAACUCGACGCUAAACCCAUUCAUAUACGCUUACUUCAGGACUGACUUCCGGGAGGCAUUCAAGAAGACGCUGCGGCAGUUCAAGUGCUGCCUGAGGGACGAGGACCUUCCUGGGUCGUUCGUCUGA